AUGGCUUUUCCAAGAUCCAUGUGGCUGAACUGCAUGUGGAGAGCGAUGCUAGUCCGCCUGUUGCACAUGGGUUUGGAUGCCACAUUCACUUUUUGCAUACUUGGUUUCUUACUUCACGCUGCCGCAGUGUCAUCGCAAAAAUUGGAUGAUACUGACCCAGUGGUAAUGACCAGCUUUGGCAAAGUCAGAGGGAUGAAGAAGGAAUUAAAUAAUGAAAUUUUGGGACCGGUCAUUCAGUUUCUUGGGGUUCCAUAUGCUGCCCCUCCCAUUGGGGAGCGUCGCUUUCAACCUCCUGAACCACCAUCUGCCUGGCCAGAUAUCAAAAAUGCGACACAGUUUGCUCCAGUGUGUCCCCAGAACAUUAUAGAGGGCAGGUUACCUGAAGUUAUGCUUCCUGUCUGGUUUACUAAUAACUUGGAUAUAGUUUCAACGUACGUACAAGAUCAGAAUGAAGACUGCCUGUAUUUAAAUAUAUAUGUCCCAACUGAAGAUGGUCCCCUAACAAAGAAACAGACAGAUGAUAUAGGUGAUAAUGAAGGUGCGGAGGACGAAGACAUUCGAGAUAGUGGGGGGCCCAAACCAGUGAUGGUGUAUAUUCAUGGAGGGUCCUACAUGGAAGGCACUGGAAAUUUAUAUGAUGGCAGUGUGCUGGCAAGUUAUGGCAAUGUGAUAGUCAUCACCGUCAACUACCGGCUUGGGGUACUUGGUUUCUUGAGCACGGGGGACCAAGCAGCAAAAGGAAACUAUGGCCUCCUCGAUCUCAUUCAGGCCUUGAGAUGGACUAGUGAAAACAUUGGGUUCUUUGGUGGGGACCCGCUGAGAAUCACCGUUUUUGGAUCUGGCGCCGGCGGUUCAUGUGUCAAUCUCUUGACUUUAUCCCAUUAUUCUGAAGGUAACCGUUGGAGCAAUUCAACCAAAGGACUUUUCCAACGGGCAAUAGCUCAAAGUGGAACAGCACUCUCCAGCUGGGCAGUCAGUUUUCAGCCGGCAAAAUAUGCCAGGAUGUUGGCAACAAAAGUUGGUUGCAAUGUGUCGGAUACGGUCGAAUUAGUUGAAUGUCUGCAGAAGAAACCUUAUAGAGAACUUGUUGACCAGGAUAUUCAACCAGCCCGGUACCACAUUGCUUUUGGUCCAGUCAUAGAUGGGGAUGUGAUACCAGAUGACCCUCAGAUAUUGAUGGAGCAAGGGGAAUUCCUCAACUAUGACAUAAUGUUGGGAGUCAACCAAGGAGAAGGUUUGAAAUUUGUUGAAAACAUUGUCGACAGUGAAGAUGGCAUAUCAGCCAGUGACUUUGACUUUGCAGUUUCAAACUUUGUCGAUAACUUAUAUGGAUACCCUGAAGGCAAAGACAUACUAAGAGAAACAAUUAAAUUUAUGUACACUGACUGGGCAGAUAGACACAAUCCAGAAACAAGAAGAAAAACACUGUUGGCUUUGUUUACUGACCAUCAGUGGGUUGCGCCAGCAGUUGCUACAGCUGAUCUUCAUUCAAAUUUUGGAUCACCCACGUAUUUUUAUGCCUUUUACCAUCAUUGCCAAACAGAUCAGGUACCUGCGUGGGCAGAUGCUGCCCACGGGGAUGAAGUCCCUUAUGUUUUAGGGAUCCCAAUGAUCGGUCCUACUGAAUUAUUUCCUUGUAAUUUUUCCAAAAACGAUGUCAUGCUAAGUGCAGUCGUGAUGACAUACUGGACAAACUUUGCAAAAACUGGGGAUCCAAAUCAACCAGUCCCACAAGAUACAAAGUUCAUUCACACAAAACCAAAUCGGUUUGAGGAAGUAGCAUGGACCAGAUACUCUCAGAAAGACCAGCUUUACCUUCAUAUUGGAUUAAAACCACGAGUGAAAGAACAUUACAGGGCCAACAAAGUGAACCUGUGGUUGGAACUGGUACCUCAUCUGCACAAUCUUAAUGACAUUUCACAGUAUACCUCUACGACAACUAAAGUGCCAUCAACUGAUAUUACUUUCAGGCCAACACGGAAAAAUUCAGUACCCGUAACUUCAGCCUUUCCUACAGCCAAGCAAGAUGAUCCCAAACAACCACCAAGCCUAAUUUCAGGGGAUCAAAGAGACUAUUCUACAGAGCUGAGUGUAACUAUUGCUGUUGGAGCAUCUUUGCUGUUCCUGAACAUUUUAGCCUUUGCAGCUCUAUAUUACAAAAAGGACAAGAGGAGACAUGAUGUUCAUCGGAGAUGUAGCCCGCAGCGCACGACUACCAAUGAUCUUACCCAUGCACAAGAAGAGGAAAUAAUGUCCCUCCAAAUGAAGCACACUGACUUGGGUCAUGAAUGUGAGUCCAUCCAUCCACAUGAGGUGGUUCUUAGGACCACCUGCCCCCCAGACUACACACUAGCUAUGAGGCGGUCACCUGAUGAUAUCCCCUUAAUGACCCCCAACACCAUUACAAUGAUUCCCAACACUAUACCAGGGAUUCAGCCCCUACACACAUUUAAUACAUUUACCGGUGGACAGAAUAACACUCUGCCCCAUCCCCACCCACAUCCACACCCACACCCCCAUUCACAUUCAACAACUAGGGUAUAG